AGUGGAAUCACACUGCAUUGCACCAUACCACGCCACCUUUGCUUCUUCUUCACACUUUGCAACAGAAACAGAAACUCUCAUCAUCAGUUAUCCCGAACGAAACGGUUUCCGACAACUCGCAACAACCAAGAGAGAGAAACAAGAGAGAGAAAGCGCGCGCGCACCACCGUGAAACCCGACACGCGCCGCGCCGCGAUGCCGGGUGAUCCGGAUAACCGUCAUCACCACCAUCCCCGGUCCAAAAACCGACCAUCCACGUCAUCGGCUCGACCACCACCAUCACGACCACCACCGGCGAGGGUUCCGUUACGGCAGUUACUCCGUGUGGCCUCGGUGGCGAGCGGUAUUCAGUUCGGCUGGGCUCUACAGCUCUCUCUCUUAACCCCUUACGUUCAGCAGCUCGGGAUCCCUCACCAAUGGGCGAGCAUCAUCUGGCUCUGCGGCCCUGUCUCCGGCCUCUUCGUCCAGCCGCUCGUCGGCCACCUCAGCGACAAAUGCACCAGCCGCUUCGGCCGCCGCCGGCCGUUCAUUCUCGCCGGCGCCGCCUCGAUCGUUGUUGCCGUUCUCAUUAUUGGCUACGCCGCCGACAUCGGGUGGAUGCUUGGUGACACCGAGAGCUUCCGGCCGGCCGCCAUCACCGUGUUUGUCAUCGGGUUUUGGAUUCUCGACGUCGCUAAUAACGUCACUCAAGGUCCUUGCAGAGCCUUGCUUGCUGAUCUUACUAGCAAGGAUAAUCGAAGGACUCGUGUCGCAAAUGCUUACUUCUCCUUGUUUAUGGCCAUUGGUAACAUUCUUGGCUAUGCGACUGGAGCAUACAGUGGUUGGUACAGGAUUUUUACUUUCACACUUUCCCCUGCAUGCACUAUUAGUUGUGCAAAUCUCAAGUCUGCUUUCUUUCUCGACGUUGCUUUCAUUGCGGUCACGACAUAUGUCAGCAUUACGGCAGCUCAUGAAGUGCCUCUAAACUCAAGUGGGGCAGCCCAUGCAGGAGAAGGGGCAGGGGAGUCAGGUAGCACGGAAGAAGCUUUCAUGUGGGAAUUAUUUGGGACAUUUAAAUAUUUUUCAAGCACUGUAUGGAUAAUACUGUCCGUAACUGCUCUGAAUUGGACUGGGUGGUUCCCGUUUAUUCUCUUUGAUACUGAUUGGAUGGGACGAGAAAUUUAUGGUGCUGAUCCAAAUGGAGGCCCUAAUUAUGAUGCUGGAGUUAGAAUGGGAGCACUUGGGUUAAUGCUUAAUUCAGUUGUUCUUGGAGUUACAUCAUUGCUCAUGGAGAAGCUAUGUAGGAAGCGGGGGGCUGGUUUUGUGUGGGGAAUCUCAAAUAUCUUAAUGGCUGUUUGCUUUCUUGCAAUGUUAGUUGUAACCUAUGUGGCAAAUACCAUUGGCUAUGUGGGCAAAGAUCUACCACCAACUGGCAUUGUGAUUGCUGCACUGAUAAUCUUUACCAUUCUUGGGUUUCCAUUGGCAAUCACUUACAGUGUUCCUUAUGCCUUAAUUUCCAAGCAUACUGAACCAUUGGGACUUGGCCAAGGGUUAUCGAUGGGUGUCCUGAAUCUGGCAAUAGUGAUCCCACAGAUAGUGGUCUCCCUGGGAAGUGGACCAUGGGAUCAGCUAUUUGGUGGAGGAAACUCCGCAGCCUUUGCUGUGGGAGCUGUUGCAGCCAUUAUGAGCGGACUCUUAGCUGUCUUGGCAAUUCCCCGAACUGGUACCCAAAAGCCUCAAAUCCGUGUAUGAGGUAUCAUGUUUGAUUGCUUUUGGCACUUGUUUCUUUCGAAGAUGGGUGAUGAGGAUGCGAUGUUAUGGUUGGGGGCAGUAUUGUUUUUGUAAAUAGUUAUUAUUUUUGUAUCCUUUUGUCUUGGGUCUUUUCUUCUCAAGAUUACUACCUCCCAAUCAUUUUCUAAUGAAUAAAUUAGUCCUUGCCUGUGUUCUAUUCCUAAUGGUCAUUAUUAAGCCAAUGAUCUGAUUUUUGGGUGUUAUUAUUUUCUGAAGCAAAAAAGCUUUUGGAAUAAUUUCUUUUUGUGUGAUCCUGAUUUGUGGGUUCCCUGUUUGAAACCUGGAGGUUGGUUGGUCAUGUAAACCAUGAGGGACAUCUACAGGUUGUAGGAGAGGGUGGUGUCUAAGGACAAUGUAAAACAAGAAAUCAUUUAUAAUUUCUUUUCCAAACAUUUUGUAAUCCUUCAUGUAUUAUGAAAAGCUGUCAUCAAAUACUGAUUGACAUUAGUGCAA